ACCCCUACGUAUACAUAGCGAAGAAGAAUGCUAGGCAAGCUACAAGUUUGAAGUCUUGGAAGUAUGAGAUUGAAUGUUUGUGUCACCCUAUGUAGGCACCAAAAUCUUUUAGAAUAGGACGGCUGUGUUGUUAAAAAAAUAUAAAAGAGGCACCUGUCAGAUAAAUGGAUUUGUUAGCGCAUUUUCUUUUACGGUAUAGCUUGCUGAAACAGUGAAGAAUACAGCGAGCUAGCUAGCAACCUGGCUGUCGGGACAACAAACCCUCAGAUUAUCAACAUACGACGAAGACGUUAGCUACUGUUUACACUGUAAAGUGCAAAAGGUGUCCACUCACUGCUGGCAUAUUCCUUUUUGUGAAGCUCUGUCUGUCCUCCAUGGCUUCAUCAGAGGUCAGCAUGCAGGAAAUGAGUGAAGUUGUUAUCGUCACCAUACCAGAAUCAAUGGGUGAGGACCUCCCCUCUGUGGUGGAAGAGGAUAAAGCAGUGCUGGUGACUGCAGAGCUCAACCCUCAACCUGGGGAGGAUAUCCUUGCAGUUGCACCAGUGGAAGCAGAAGGAGAGGCCAGCAGAGCAGAUUCACUGUCAAAGGAAGAAGCAGUCAUUGCAGUAAAGUUAACGGAAGAGGUGGACGUGGAAGCUGAUGUCUUCUACCCAAUCACUUGUGGAGAUGCUAAAGCCACUCUGGUUUGGAAGAAGUUUGUCUGCCCUGGGAUUAAUGUGAAAUGUGUCCAGUUCAAUGAGCAGCUCAUCAGUCCAAAGGAGUUUGUAUGUUUGGCAGGGAAAUCCACUCUGAAGGACUGGAAGAGAGCCAUUCGCCUCAACGGCACCAUGCUCAGGAAGAUCAUGGACUCAGGUGAACUGGACUUCUACCAGCACACAAAGGUCUGUUCCAAUACCUGCCGCAGCACCAAGAUAGAUCUGGUGGGAACAAAAGUGUCCAUCUGCAGUGAUCAGUCUGCUGAUCUAGUCCCAGCCACCCCUUCAUCGGCUGAUUUGAAUGGAACAGCAACAGUGUUUCCUGAGUCAACAGAGGAAGCUUCAGAGUGGGUCACAGCCAUUGGAGAGGAUUCUGUGACGUUCUGGCAUGCAGUGAAAGAGGCGGGGCUGCUGGAAGAAGUUGUGAAGGACUUCCAGAAGGAGCUGCAGGAGGUGCUGAAGGGACUACAGGACAGAGUGUGUGAUCCACCGCUACAGGUCCAAGAUGCUGUUUUGCUCAACAAUAUAGUGCAGAACUUUGGAAUGCUGGACUUGGUGAAGAAGGUUCUGGCCAGUCACAAAUGCCAGAUGGACCGUUACAGAGAGCAGUACACUCGCAGCCUUGCCACUCUGGAGCAGCAAUGUGACGAGCACAGGAAGCGAGCUAAGGAGCUUAAGAGCAAAUCCCAACACCUCAACAACGUCCUGAUGACCCUUACUCCAGUCCCUGCACCCACUGCGCCCAAGCGUCCUAGGCUAACCCGUGCUGUCUCCGGUCCAGCCACAGUCAGUGCUGCUCCAACGCAGAUUACUCUGCCUCUCAACCAGCUGACUGGCUUGCCACUGAGCAAAGUGCUAAGUGUGGCAGGAGCCCAAGCAGGCACCAACCUGGGUGGGUAUACCCUCCUGACCUCCCCACUCUGUGGGUCAGAGCUGGCAGCAGAUGCCUCUAACCUGACUGUGCUGUCCACAGCAGCAGGUCAGGACAGUGCAGCCGGGGCUAGCAGCUCUGCAGCCUCCACGGCCUUUGUUAAGGUGGUCAGCCCUCAGUUCCAGCUGGUGACACUGCCAGCCACGCUGCAGACGCUGGCCACGACACAGAGUACCGCCGUCCAACAGCAGGUCAGCAGCAUCAGUGUGGUGAAUGCCACACAAACUGAUACACAAGAGAGAAUCCAGACUGAUGAAGGCCAGCGAGAGCAGGUGAAAGAGGACGAUGGUGAGCAGCAGGCUGAGCAACAGUGAGACAAAGAACAUCAGUUCUUUCCCCUAUCUCCCAGCUCUUGGUUAACUUCAUUUUAGACUGGGCUACCUGUGCGUGUCCUGUGAUGGCCAAGGGUCUGUGCACAUUUAGACCUUCACAUAGCAUUUCAUACAUUGUGCACAUUUGUUUUUUUUAGAGCAGUUGAACCCUCCAUUUAGAUGUCAAUCAAAUUUCAAAAUCGCCAAAUAGGAUGUUAAUUCAGAAGGUGUCAGAAAUGUGUACUGUAGUAGUAAUUGUACAGUAGAUAUGUAUUUGUAACUAAUGUGUUGAAUACAAUUCGGAGCAUUCAGUUUGGUAGUACAUGCUCAGUUUUUAAGAGCUUGCUGUGCAUUAUCACAUACUGUAAAUAUUAAUGUCUGUGUAUUUGAUGUGAGUGUGGAGGUGAACUGAGAGCAAGAGAGUUGUUAUGUAAAGCUUGCUUUGUUUUUAAGAUUCUACAUUUGAAAAAUCUUAA